UGUACACGUAUUACACGGCUGCAUGGGCUGGACUGUAGAGUCAAUGGGAACUAGCUAACUUAACGCUGGCUAGCUUUCAAGUGGAAACCUGGCUAUGCUAACUUGGAAAUUAUAGCUAAUGUAUUCGAUCAACGUGCUUGAAAAUACGUCUUUUAUUUAUAAAAGUAGGACUAUACUUUCGUGCAUGGGAAGCAGACGACGUUUGCUGCGGUCGGCUCAAAACGCUCCAAGGUGGCGACAGACAAGGUUGCUGGUAAGCUGAGUUCUACUCUCUCAUGGGUGAAGAACUCGGUGUCCCACACCGUCAGUCAGAUGGCUAGCCAGGUGGCCACGCCCACAUCCCUGCAGACCACUGCUACCUCAUCGUCCACCUCUCUGUCCUCGCCUGGCCUUUCACCGUCCUCCCCAGCGCAGCUCAGUCCUGAUGAUGUCGAGCUGCUCGCCAAGCUUGAGGAGCAGAACAGGCUGCUGGAGACGGACAGCAAGUCGCUGCGCUCCAUGAACGGCUCCAGGCGAAACAGCGGCUCCUCCUUGGUGUCCAGCUCCUCCGCCUCCUCCAACCUCUCUCACCUGGAGGAGGACACGUGGAUCCUAUGGGGACGUAUCGUCAAUGAGUGGGAGGAGGUGCGCAAAAAGAAGGAGAAGCAGCUUAAGGAUCUUGUCAGAAAAGGGGUCCCUCACCACUUUCGAGCAAUAGUGUGGCAGCUGUUGUGUAAUGCCCAGAAUAUGCCCAUCAAAGAUCAAUACUCAGAGCUCCUGAAGAAGACGUCGCCCUGUGAGAAGCUGAUCCGCAGAGACAUCGCACGCACAUAUCCUGAACAUGAAUUCUUCAAGGAGAAAGACAGCUUGGGUCAGGAGGUGCUCUUUAACGUCAUGAAGGCAUACUCUCUGGUUGACCGUGAGGUUGGUUACUGUCAGGGGAGUGCUUUCAUUGUUGGACUGCUACUCAUGCAGAUGCCAGAAGAGGAGGCUUUCUGUGUGUUUGUGAAGUUGAUGCAGGAUUACAGAUUACGUGAGCUCUUCAAACCCAGUAUGGCCGAGCUGGGACUCUGCAUGUACCAGUUUGAGUGUAUGAUCCAGGAGCAACUCCCAGAUCUACACAUGCAUUUCCAGGCUCAGAGCUUUCACACGUCCAUGUACGCCUCCUCCUGGUUCCUCACCAUCUUCCUCACCUCCUUCCCUCUGCCUGUUGCUACAAGGAUCUUUGACAUCUUCAUGUGUGAGGGUCUGGAGAUAGUUUUCCGUGUUGGCCUUGCCAUCCUCCAGAUGAACCAGACUGAACUCAUCCAGCUUGACAUGGAGGGAAUGUUACAGCACUUUCAGAAGGUCAUCCCACACCAGCUCGACAGUGGACCGGAUAAAGUCAUCCAGGCUGCUUAUCAGGUUAAAUACAACGCCAAGAAGAUGAAAAAGUUAGAGAAAGAAUACACUACAAUCAAAACUAAAGAGAUGGAGGAGCAGGUGGAGAUAAAGAGGCUUCGAACAGAGAACCGGCUCCUGAAGCAGAGGAUAGACACACUAGAGAAAGAAAGUGCUUCCUUGGCAGAUAGAUUGAUCCAGGGACAAGUGACUCGAGCUCAGGAGGCGGAGGAGAACUACCUGGUCAAACGGGAGCUGGCUACAGUCAAACAGCAGAGCGAGGAUGCCAGUGCUCAGCUGGAGCAGGCCAUGAAAACCAUCGGGCAGCUCCAGCAGCAGCAGCAGCAGCCACAUGGGAAGGGAGCCCCUCGGUAUUCUGAGGAGUCUGUCCUGCAGCUGGAGCGAGAGCUUGUGCAAGCCAGACUAAAGGAGGCCGAGUCUCAGUGUGCCCUCAAGGAGAUGCAGGACAAGAUCCUGGAUAUGGAAAAGAGAAACACAUCUCUACCAGAUGACACCAAUGUGGCUCGUCUUCAGGAGGAGUUGAUAGGGGUGAAGCUUAGAGAGGCCGAGGCUCUGACUGGCCUGAAAGAGCUGAGACAGCAAGUCAGAGACCUGGAGGAGCACUGGCAGCGUCAUCUGGCACGUACGGCUGGUCGCUGGAAGGACAGCCCUAAGAAGAACACGCUAAGCGAGCUGCAAGAUGAGCUGAUGAGUGUGAGGUUGCGAGAAGCUGAAGCCCAGGCCGAGCUGAGAGAGACACGACAGAGGAUGCUGGAGCUUGAAACACAGAAUCAGAUCCACAGUAACCAGCUGCGACGGGCGGAGCAGGAGAGUCGCUGUCUGCAGGAAUGUGUGCAAACACUGACAGUGCAAAACAAAGACUUGCAUGUGCAACUGCAGGAGAUCAAACGGAAACUAGCUGAGAUUGAAUGCAAGAGUAAAGAAGAGGUGAUGGCAGUGAGGCUGAGGGAAGCUGACAACAUUGCUGCUAUGGCUGAACUUCAACAACAGAUCUCAGAGCUUGAGAUUCAGAAAGAAGAAGGAAAAGUCCAAGGUCAGCUGAACCACACAGACUCGAGUCAGUACAUCCGAGACCUCAAAGACCAGAUAGCAGAGCUAAAAGACGAGAUUUGCUGCUUAAAAGGACAGAGGGGCUUGGCCAAUCCACCCACUUUUGAUGGGAUCCACAUCGUCAAUCACUAUACGGGGAAUGAUCGGUCUUACCAGUCUUCAGACGAAGAUGGAGGCAAGGACCCCAUCCUGCAGGACACCCAGCAGAGGAGCGGGGGUCGUAUCAGGCUGCGGCCAAACCUCCCGGACACCGACAGCGAGGAGGACGAGGACGAGGACGACGAAGCCCUUCGACUCUCUGUGCCUCCGAGUAGCAAGUCCACUACUGUGUGAUAAGAGUGAUGGGACAGAUGCGAGGUGUUCCCAAGCAGCCAUUUCAGGGAAGGAGUCUGGAAUUUCAGAAAGCAGAUGCAUCAUCAUUUCAUAUCCUGAGAAUCACACUUAUGGAUUGAGUUUAUAUAGUUUGUUUGUAGUUUUCUUUUCCUCCUGAGGGCAGCAAACACCACUGACAGAGGCAAGAUCAUCAGCAUGGACCUCAGCAGAAAAAUCACUAAUGUGGAGGAGAGUAUCAAUCUCUACUGGGUCACAACGACCAGGAAAGGAGGAGGAGGAGGAGGAUCAUGACUCCUCUGCCCCACUCCUCUCGUAGGUACAACACAGAGAGAGAGACUGUGCAAUAAAACAUUUUAUGCUAUAUCACACACUUCAUCCAACAUGUUUUUAUACUUUUAAAAGCAUUUUAUAAAGAACAUCAAACAUGUAUUGAUGCCGUUACUCCUAAGUGUCCAUCAUGCAGAGACACAUUGUACUGUGUGCGUGUUAGUGUAUAUAUAUAUAUAUAUAUAUUGUCUUGAUGAGCUCAAUCAGAGGCUGCUUGCAUCCGCCAGCGCUGACGUUUUGGCCUUAGCACACGCCGCAUGCCUUUUACCAGGGCUGAUGAAGCACGAGGUCAGUGUGACAUCUGCAUACUUGUAGAUAUGUAAAUGUGUAUCAUGUUUGUUUGUUUGUUUUUUCAAUUCCUUUUGAACUUGAAAAUAUGUAUCUAUUGCAUAUCUGAUGUGUAGAUUAUAUUGUAUAAUUCAGAAAGAAAAAAGGGACAUGUAAGUUAGUUAAAUAUGGUCACACAAAGGACAAAUCCUGUUUGUAGGAACAGUGAGAUGACUCAGAGAAAGAAGAGAGAAGAAAAUAACUGAUAUUUAUCCUCAUUUAAAAGCUUUGGCUUGCUUGCUCUCCAGAAAAUUAAAAGAAUAUCCAAUAAAAGGGUGAGUACGGCCAGGGGUAAAGAAAAAAGUAAGAAAAUAAAGAUUUUUGUUAUAAUCUGUAGUUUAAAAAUGAAGCUAAAUUUCAAGAAUAAAGGAAGUAUUGAGAUAAAAGUAGAAAGUCAAGGAUUAACUUUCAGCCUUCAUGCCAGGUAAAGAAAAAAAUUCAAGGCCCCAAGGCUCUUUACUUGUUUUUUCCCCCUUAUGCAUGGCCCCCUAAUGGUGUGUUCAGACCAAAAGUGGAGCACAUUUUUUGUGGUUGCUCUUGUUGGUUAACCAGAACUUGUCAAUAUUAUACAUUUUCAGAGAAGUUUGGAAACCCCCUGCCCUCUUUCGACAGUUUGCAUUGAUAAAUCUGCUGACUCCAGCUGUUUAAGGCUAGCCACUGCACAGUUUCACGACCUGUCAGAUAAAUCAAGCUCAGCUAUAAUCUGCAAUCUGGUUUUCGACAGCUACAGAUUUUUUUUGGUCCAAAAAGUUACCAAAAUCAGUCCAUCAUGAUGCAGAUUGAUGCUAAACAUACAAACAAACAUGAACUCUUCAUUUUAAAAAUGGUGUUUGUGUUCACAACCACUGAGCCGCUCUGAGGACUUCACGAUCCUAGAGUUGAGAUGCACUGAUUGUUAGAUAGGGGCAUUUCCAAUACUAAUGAUGAAGAUAACAAUUUAGACGAUUGCCAAUGCUGAUACUGACUACUUCAUCACUUCUUUGAUUCAAGACUCUGUCUCUAUUCAGCAGUUAGGUAAACCAUAUGAUCAUAAACUGGUGGCAGAAAAUUAUAAACACUGGCUACUAACACCUGUUCAUGACACAUCAUUUGUAGAUGGUUGACGUUUGUCAAGGCUGGUAUUGUCCAAUAGGAAGCCGAUGCUACAGUGCAUUUGUAUUAUUUUAAAGAUAAAGGGGUUUGUGAUGCUUGGCAUUAAUGUUAGAGAUGCACCAGUUGUGGACAUCAGGGCUGACACUGAUGUUGAAAAUAAUACAGCCCCCCAAAGAUUGGGGGAAAAAAAACAUGAUUGAUAUUUAUUAGAGAUGGCGAUAUAAUCAGUCUGAUAUCAGUAUUAGCAGAUAUUAGCUUAAAAAGGCAAUUAUCUGUGUUCCUUUGUUCAUCCUUAUACAUUAGAAUAUGUUAAAAGGACUUAAAUUUGAGGUCUGAAAUGCAUAUUUGGAUAUCUGUAUUGAUACUGGUAUUGGCUAAAAUUAAUCCAUAGUUAUCAGCAUAUUGGAUAUUGGCUAAAAAUCCACCAUAUGUUCAUCCCUAAUAUUGAUUUGAAUUGUUUCAGUGAUAAAAACCCAAGCAGAUUAAGCUUACACAUUUUUCUUAGCAAAAUCUCUUGAUAUAAACAAUUUAGUUAGUGAUUAAUCAUAAUUUAAUCAGUUUAUAUCCAAUUUUGACAACCUCUUAGAAGGCAAUGCCUCAUACCCCUUAGAUCUCACAUCUGACCUUGAAAACAGCGAGUUUGUCCAACAGGUGACUUUCUCUGUCCAAUAGAGAAAACCUCUUCUCUGAAUCAGCAGUUAGGUAUAAAAGCAACAGGGCAGAUAUCGGUUGAUACAGAUGUUAACGAUACAGUUUUUUAGAAUUUGUGCACUGAAUCCACUGAAAAUAUCGAACUAAAAAUGACUAAACCUACUUCAUUUUUACAGUUUUAAUGGGACAUGUCGCCCACCAUGAUGGACAUAUCCCAUUAAACGCCAGAUAUUACACCUAAUGGUCGGCUUAGACUACACAAAUUCAGUCCGAUUUUGGCCCGAGUGUAUGAGUGUUGAAAACAACAAACGCUCUUGAAGCGUGACAUAAUCAACGUCCCGUCCGAGACGCCCCAUGACUCCACAAGUCUAGCAUGUCAGAAUUUCUCUUAUCUUUUUAUCAUCAUUUACCAGAAUGAAUCCUUUGGGGCUCUUCUGUGUGCUUACAGUGAAACUUUAUGUAGUAGCUAGGCUAAUUGGGCUAAUUUUCUUUACGCUACCACAUUUUAUACCUCAGAUUCUACCUGAAGGAUAUUUGGUUCAUAUUGUCCUCUCCAUACAUCGAGACAAGUCCAUAAUUGUUAUCCAUACUCCACGAUGACUAUUUAAACUUAAAUAGCCUGCAAAACAACCUCAGAUAAUUGUUUUUGUAUUAUCUAUAACGAUAUCUAGCAAUAGAGCCAUUUGUUCCUGCUCGAGCAGUGUAAUUUACAAUCAUAUAUCAGACCACAUGCAGCCUUUAUUUACUGAGGUGAAGGGGAAAAAAGUUCACAGUUUGAAACUUAAUGACCAGGAGACACCGUCUUUUCUCUCUGUCUAACGUGAACACUUUAAUAAGAUGAUAAAGGGAGAUGAUAUCACAUAUUUGCAGACUGGUGAAUUGAACUAACCACAGGAGUUGCAAUACAAACAGCCUGCAUGUCGGUGUCAGUUGAAGAUGUGUUGUUUUUAAGUUAUUUUGAGUAGAGCUGCUGUAAAGUGAUCAGAAAAACAACACAUUCUGCAUCACUUGGUUUGCUUCUCUCUACAUCCUGCAGCGCCGCUCCACCAGCUGUGCGCUCAUGACCCUGAUCGAACGAAAGCUUUCCUACCAAAUAAUGGACCAGUCGAAUGAAGUCACCUGGCCCUAAUUCUUUUGUUGUUUUGAUUAAGACCCCCAGGUGGCAAAAGCGGAUGCAUAUAUGCAUCCCUGAUAAAUCCACAUCUGUUUUUGGUCUGACCACACCUAUUCUGUUCAAAUAAGUGUAGUAAAGAGGCCAGGUUUACUUCUUCACCAUGAUGCUUUUGGACUGAGUUCUCUGACAUCCCAGCUUACCUCUAUAAACAAGUCGGUUUAUUCAGAUCAUAGAUCAUUCGUCAUGCAUCAGUUAUACCUGUCAUAAGUUUCAUUUAUCAUUAAUUUGCACAUUAAAUGGAUGACAGCCCUGAAGAAUAACAAACUGGGAGAUGAAUCUGAUGAAAAACAACAUGGUACACUUUACUGCAACAAUCUGAAGAAAAGCCAGGAGCUGUCAAGUGUUACCAAAGUAAAAGCAGUGAAUUGUGCUCGUCCACAGGCCAGUUUCACUCCAUUUCAUGUGCAAGGACCUGGAUGUGCAAGAAUUUCUCUGAAUGUCUGUAUUAAACACUAACUUCUGUAUUCAGUUAAAGACGAGGUGAAAGUGAACGCAGCAGUGUUGGCAGUCCAGGAAACAGAUAUGAAAAGUCAGAUUAAAAAAAAGUCCCUCUUAUAAAAAAGAAAUCCUGUGGUUGUUUACUGGGAGAGAAACACAUUAUGGCACUUUGUUUGAGUCUGCAGUGCAGUAUACAGACACUCAUGGCAACACUAUGGAGCAGACGGCACACUCUGGAGACUACAUGAGAUUUGUGCGUGCGUGUGUGAUGAGUUCACAAUAAAACCAUUUGAUAAA